CCCUUCUUCCGGACAGUGUGCUGGUUGGAGAGGUUUCGAGAUCGCUUGAUAUCGUGUGACUUUGCUGAUGUAACGCGAGAUGUCUGUAACGUCAUUUUUAGCGCGGAGUUUGUUGUUGGCGGAAAAGCUUCAGCCCGAAAGUCUGAACAAAUUAUUUUAUUUAGCCGCAGACUAAGUGAGAGUCGUAUAUUUAUGUUGUCGCCAAUGGAGCAUUAGCUCAUGACUCUAUGGCGUGUUUAUGAAAUGUUCAUUUGAAAAACUAUUGCACUUUACGACCAACUAAAGCGAUGGAUUUGUCUCCUGUCUGCACUGAAGGCAUCAGCACAGGCGGAUGUGUUAUUAAAUCUGACAGGGGUCACAAGAGAAGCAAAAUCCCAAGAGAUGUGGAGAUAGACAUUGAGUUCCUCUACAAAGCUGUCCCACAGCUAGCCAAGGUUUUCCGCAUCAUAGACAAAAUAGGAGAAGGUACGUUCAGCUCGGUGUAUCUGGGUGAGGCUCAGAUGCGGGAUGGGAGGAGAGAGAUGUUUGCCCUGAAGCACCUCAUCCCAACCAGCCAUCCUACACGCAUCGCUGCUGAGCUUCAGUGUCUCACUGUUGCUGGAGGCAGCGAGAAUGUGAUGGGGGUGACGUACUGCUUCAGGAAGGAGGACCAUGUGGUGAUUGUCAUGCCCUAUAUGGAGCAUCAAGCUAUUGUGGACAUCAUUGGCUCAUUGAGCUUCGAAGAGGUCCGUCUGUACAUCCAUCACCUGUUGCAGGCCCUGAGACACAUCCACCAGUUUGGUAUCAUUCACCGAGACAUCAAACCAAACAAUUUCCUCUACAACAGGAACAGCAAAAUGUAUGCGCUGGUGGACUUCGGCCUGGCUCAGGGCACAGCGGACACCCAGAUUGAGCUGCUGAAGGUGGUGAGGCAGAGGCAGUCGCAAAAAGGUGGAGGGUCCACAGGAAAACAAGACACCACACAGCGGAGCAAAGCACCACCUAAAUUUCCCCCCAAAACCACCACCACUGCCUCAACCUUAAUACCUCUGCCUCCACGGCAGUCCACGACCAUACCACCUUCAUCCUCCUCUUCCUCCACCACCACCACAUCUUCCUCAGCUUCUCGGAAAGCACUAAUUAAAAAAGCACGUUCUGUCACCACCACCGUCACCUCCUCCACCUCUCGCACAAAGCACACAAAGGAUUUGACAGGACUACGCAAAGUGCCACGGCCUGUGUUUGGAGAGAGGAACCUUAACAGCUGCACUCCUGCUGCAUCCACCACCAAACAAGCUGCCAUUAAGACACAGCUGGUAAAGCCCGGCAAAACAGAGGACCCAGCCAGCCGAAGGUACUCCUCAGCCAGUCGGGGCACGCUGCCUGUCAGGACCCAGAGCAGCAGUCAGAAACCUCAGAGGACCGUACAGCAGGGCCUCACCUGUAACUGUUACCUGACUGACCGUGUCUGCAACAUCUGCAUGUCCAGGAAGCAGCAGGUGGCUCCCAGGGCUGGAACACCGGGCUUCAGAGCACCAGAAGUCCUCACAAAGUGUCCCAACCAAGGAACAGCCAUAGACGUGUGGUCAGCUGGUGUGAUCCUGCUCUCACUGCUCAGUGGCCGUUACCCGUUCUUCAAAGCCAGCGAUGACCUGAUCGCCCUCACUCAGAUCAUGACCAUACGGGGCUCCAGAGAGACCAUCCAGGCUGCCAAGGCAUUUGGUAAGGCAGUGGUGUGCAGUCGGGAGCUGCCUCGGCAGGACCUCAGGACGCUGUGUGAGACCCUGAGAGGACGGAGGCCGUCGCCAGAUGAUGAAGUCACACCACUUCCUGAAGCCAACAAGGACUCCACUGCCACCCGUCGUCACAAGAUCCAAGAUGAUACGCCUACGCAUUGUUCCACUGAAGGAACAUUCAAGCAACACAAAGAUGGAGCAGGUGAAACUCCUUCAUCUCUCUCAUCUACUCGCCCAAACCACCGGGAACAUUCAACGAGCACAGAAACCAAUGGCCUAGCCAAACAGAGCUCAGAGACAGACUGCAAGGUGGAGGAAGAUGAGCGAGGCUGGGACAGAGUUCCUGAUGAGGCCUACGACCUGCUGGACCGGUUGCUGGACCUGAACCCUGCCACCAGGAUCACAGCUGCUCAGGCCCUGCAGCACCCACUGUUCAAAGACCUGUGAACCUGCAGACUGUCACAGGGCCAGGUGUCUCACGUCAACAUGCCGGCUUCCUAGGCUUUGGCUCAAAUUUAACUAACUGGAUGAUGCAAAGAUAAAAGGGUGUUAUACUUUAUAUUUACCUUACAAAUUGUAACCCAGCAGAGUACUCAGUCUGUCCAGGAUCAGAACACAGGAUCAGAAGUUUACAUGUGGAGAAAAUAACUGAACAAGAGAAUAGAGAUCUGCUAUGUUUCUGUUUGAGGAAAAGUUCUCUCUCAAUUUUCUCUCCCACCAACCACUGUUGAAUGCUUCAUAGAUUAUAAUAUUAGUAUCCAUUCAAGACAGGUUUGACUUCCUGGUCCAGUUCAGAGUUAAAAUUAGUUUGUUUGUUUUUUCAUGGCAGCUAUGGUACAAAGUACUUAGAGAAUGUGCAUUUUAAAGGGCUCUGAAGAGAUUUGCACUGUUAGCUGUAACCAAGACAGGAGAAGUAUCGACUUAAGGCAUUAUAUUGGCAGACUAUUGGCUGUUGUGUCAAUGGUUGGACAGUUUUACAAUUCUUUAAAACAAUCCAGCUACAAGCUGUCUGGGGAAAUAAAUAUUUGACCCUGAAGGUACCUGAUCUCUGUGAAGAAUCAGUUACAGCUGCACAUUGUCUGAUUAUAUUGCUUUUUAUUUUUAUGUUUAUGUACUUUUAUACUUCGAAGACCAAAAGAUAAAAAUACAAAACCUUGUCUUUAACACUUCUUAAGAACAACAAAUAUUCUUGUUGUCUUCUGAACGGAGUCUUGUCAAGAGGGAAUGGUCCGCGUGUUAUUUACUGUUGUCACUGCUGCCAUAACAGCAUAUUACCGCUGUAUGAAGUCAAUUCAUAAAGUAUGAAAGGGCUUUUAAUUUGGAGGUGCAUAUGAAUUCCAUCUGUAUUUUCUGAACGAGAGUAUGAAAGCUGCUGUAUGAGAGUAUGUGUCUGUGUCAACACUGAAAAAUGUCAAGUCUGCCUCACUCUAUUUGGAUUUUCUAAUAAAGGGAAUACUAAAGCAA